CAGGACGCCGGUGACCAUCUCUUUUCUCGACUCUCGAUUAACACCAGACUGAAUUAACCUCAAUUUAGCUAGGAAAGUGGAUCCCCAACUAGGCACGGCGACCGACUAAGCCCGCCCUAAGGCGUCGCUAGCUUUAAAACCCGCGCCUCGGACAACGCGCUCUGAUUGGUCGUUUCCGUUAGACCCGCCCCCUCUCGGAACAUGUUGAGGAGCGCGCGACUGCCUUCGGUAGCCAAGCACCCGCCGCCAUUACGAGACACCCUUUCACCUUGACGUAGGAGACGCAUUCACCGAGGAGGAUAAUCGAUUACCGCGUAUUUCUUCACUUGCGACUCCGUAUUCGCGUUCUUGCAGAGCGCGCCGCUUCCCUGCUGUAAGUUUGGACGUUAGGCAGUUCAGUGUGCGUUAGGUGUUACUAAUAGGGUCCACGUCGUCGAGGAACUCCCUUAACGCCGAGCUGAAAGCAGCUUGACUGCAUCUUUUCCGCUCCCUGGUAUUCGUAGAGCUUCGCCGAUGGACCGUUUGCUGCUCAGUCAUCUUUGUUCUCGUCGACUUCUUAUCUUUCGUCGUACGUUUUAGAGCUGCGAGUGCGGGGCCAAGAGAGAAGAGAUCAAGUUCUCAAGUUCCUGAGAAGACUCUGAUAAGUCUCCAAGAUGAGUGUGAUAAUCCGGUUGCAGAAUCUGGCGUGGUCGGCCAACGCGCUGGACAUUCGCCAGUUUUUUCGAGGCCUCAGUAUCCCGGAAGGUGGCGUCCACAUCGUCGGCGGCGAACUGGGCGACGCCUUUAUUGCGUUUAGCACCGACGAGGACGCGCGGCAGGCGAUGAUGAACGACGGCGGGAAGAUCAAAGAGAUGAAGAUCAAGCUGCUGCUAAGCUCUCGAACGGAGAUGCAGAAGGUAAUAGAGGCAGCUAGACAACAGACGUUGAACCUGCAGUCAUUCAUGCACACGGCAGCAGUGCCGGUGGUACCUACGGUGCAGGCUCCGAAACCGAGUCCACCACUUGAUAAGAAGGAUAAAGAGAAAGAUAACGACAGCGAGUCCAGCAAGGACCGGAAGGACCGCCGCGACAGGUCGAGAUCCCGAGAACGAUCCCGGUCCAGGGAUAGGGACAGGGACAGGGACCGACGAGACCGAGACAGAGGCAGAGACCGACGUAGGAGAGACAGAAGUCGGUCGAGAGACCGGGAACGCGACCGACGCGACAGGCGGCGACGCAGGGAAAGAUCCAGGUCGCGGGACCGCACGCGCUCCAGGGAGCGGGACUCGAAGCGCAACGCCGGAGACCGCAGGAAGGAGACCAACGACGAGGAGACCAGCAGCGACGUCGUCUGCGUGGGCCAGUUCUCCAAAGACAAGGGAUCGACCGCAACCCCGAUAGGAUCGGCGGCCUCGAAGAAGGGCAUCAGCGAAAACGGCGUCUGGGAGGUGCCUCCACAGUCGCAGAUGCAGCAGGCGGCGAUGCUGGCACCAGGUAUCCUGGGAGCAGGCAUCGCAGCAUUGGCGCAGGACCCUGAGCAGCGUUCCCUGGCGUUCAACGGACCCGUCCUGGGCCAGCAGCCCAUCAUCUCCUCGGGGCAGUUCGCGAUAAACGGGCUGAACGGCGUGGGGGGUCUGGUGCAGCCUCAUGUUCCUGGGCUGGGGCACUCGGUGGGUCUGAACUCGCUACCACCGGCCCUGGGAAGUGGGGGACUUCCCAGUGUCGUGGGAACUGGGGGGAUGGGCACCCUUGGGAGACCCAGGGAACCCUGGGCUAGCGACCAGGGGAGGCUGGAUCCCCUCAGGUUCCCCGGACGCAGCGGCUCCUUCGCUGCUCAGGAUGCCUACGGGUCGGGCCAGAACUCCCUGCAGUACAGGACGAACGCCAGACCGCCUAACCCCUUCGUCAGCAAGGUCCAGGAGCUGGACAACAGGCGGAAUCCCCACGUGUUCCAGGGUAGUGCCGGGGUUUUCGGGUUCGAGAACGGUAGCGAGCGUCAGGCUGGCACUAGGAGUUCCGGGAGCGGGUCCAGGUUCUCCGGGGGAGAGACCAAGACCCCGGGAGCUGGGUACUGCGUCGAGGUCAGGAACAUGCCGCUGAGUGCGACCUAUGGGGACGUUCGCCACGCCUUCCAGGGGAUCUACAUCAGGAAGGACGGACUGAAGCUGAUAAACGACAACCACGGAAAUAGGGUCGGCAUCGCCUACGUCAAGUUCAGCAAGCAGGAGGGCAAGGACCUCGCCCUGAGCACCACAAGGUACGUUAGGGGCUCGGAGGUGGAGGUUCUCCACCUGGAGGAGAGUCUUUUCGAUAAGGCGGUGGACUCUUACUACCCGGAACGCGAGGACCACGGGGAGGAGACCUCCGAGACCGACUCCAGGACCUCGUCCUGCGUCCUCCUCUCGGAACUACCCUCCUACGCCAAGGAGAUGGACAUCGCGAAGCUCUUCCACGAGUGGAAGAUCAACGACCUCUUCAUCGUGACCUCGAAGGAGGGCUCCACGACCAAGUACGCGGCGUAUGUCCAGUUCGCCCGGGUGGAGGACGCCGAGUCGUCCCUCGGGAUCCCCUUGAAGAUCGGCAUGAAGCAGGUCUUCGCCUCGGCGAUCACCGAGGAGAAGUUCGCCCAGGCGAAGAGGGACCACGAACAGGAGGCCCUGGCCGACAGCAGCGCCUCCGACUGCAUCAUCGUCAGGGGCCUGCCCUUCCAGACCAUCGACCGCGACAUCCUGGACUUCUUCUCGGACAUCGGCAUCGUGCCGCACAGGAUACACAUGAUGCUGAACCAGGGUGGGAAACCAGCUGGGGAGUGCUUCUGCGAGUUCGACACUCCCGAAGAGGCCCUUCGAGCCACGGCGAAGAACGGAUUGCCGCUGGGGAAGAGCGUACCCUCCAUAGAGCUAGUCCCUCGCUUGAAGAUGAUGGAGACCCUGGGUCUAUCCGAGCCCCAGGUCGCGGAAGGUGCCCAGACCCAUUAUCCCAGUCUCCAGGACGCCAGGCCCAGGUUCUCCCAGCUACCGAGUCAUCAUCCAGCUCGGUAUGGAGCUGGGUUCGGACCUAGGGGACCUCCGGGGAUGAUGGGCUUGCCUAGGCACCUCAUGGGGCGGCAUCCCACCGGGUCCAUGGAGUAUGUCGAGGGUUUCGGGAAACCCGGGUGCGUUCUCUCCCUGGAGAAUGUUCCCUUCAAGGCUGACAUCGACGAGAUCAUCGACUUUUUUGGGGACUUCGAUGUCAAGAGGGAAAACGUUAUCAGGCGGUACAAUGAUAAGGGCAUGCCCACGGGAGAUGCCAAGGUGGCGUUCGCUUCUCCUGGGGAAGCUCAGAGGGCUCUUAGGGAACUUAGACACUGCAAGAUGAGGGAACGGACGAUUUAUAUGAAGAUCGCGUGAGGUGAGGCGAGUGAGGCCGAAUCCUGAAGGCAUGUUUUCGGGUCUUGGUAGGUUGCAGUGAUUGUCUUUGGACGUGAUAAUAAUGACUUCUUCGGAGGUGGUGCACGUGGAUGGGUUUCUUGGGGACUGGUGUGGAUGCAAUGAAGUUUUAGGCGAGGACCAGUUCGAGGAUGGCUAGGCAUCUCAUGAGAUUGUAAUGUCCUACGUACUCUAUCGAGUAUAUGGACAUGAACAAGACGUUUCUUCUAGGUCGCAACUUGUCUUGAUGAUUUUGUGGUUAGGACACGUUAUCACUUCCUGCGACAUUUUUUUUAUGGCGAUGAGUAUCUUAUAAACAGCAUUGAAUCCACGGUAUGAACAUCUUUUCAGGGUCUUCGGCUCGACCGUGAACGUCAUUUAUGUUAGGCAAAUCUUCGACGCAGAAAAAUACCCAAUUCUUUUCCCUUUUUCUAUAUCAACGUCGAGGUUUACCCAUCAGAUUUACUUUCUCGUAUACAUGCCAUGCUUUUAAAGAAACGUUUGUGACGAACUAAUCGUCAUACCCGGUUUUAUUAUCGCCAGGAAAUGUUGUGCCGAAUGUUUCACUUGCCCGCGAUUUGAAUUGCGCGCCGAAUUCGCGUCCAAUACUACGAGAGUCAUGGCGUCACUUAUCGAAUCCCGGUGAAACGACUCGAAAAUGUCGCACGCUAUAAAUAUCGGCGAAUAAACGAGAAUAACUUCACGUUACGUUAUAAUUCCGUUUAAGAGUCGUUUCUAAAUAGAAAAGGGACGCUUUUGAAAGGGAAACUUGUAAUAAAACGGACGACGCUGUACAUAAAUUUCUUCCAAGUUUGUCUUCGGUCGUAUAGAGUGUAGAUGGUUGAAACGGAUCAUUCUGUCGACUAUAUAUCGUCCGUAAAUAACGAUUCCUUUCUUCUAUGCGCACGGCGUCGCCAUCUUUGAUUUCUUUUACAUUCGAUCGUUAAUUUUGAAGAAAAGAAAAAUAGAACGCGUGGUGUGCAAAAGUGUAAAAUUAUUAUUUUUAUAUACGAGGUACUUGGGGUACUUGUUAGGUACGAUUAGGGUGAAUGCAAUUAACGGUUAAGUUUUUACGCGUAAAAAUCUUGACAUUUUAUUUCUUUCUUUCUUUUUUUAUUGUGAAAAAUUUCAAAUCGUCGCGCGUUGUGAAUACGAAAUGUAUGUAGAGUAGCUGGUAUGUAUACGUUUCGCGGACAUGUAUGUAUUUUACAUACUGGCAUAUCGUUGUAUAUAUAGCAUUAUAUAUUAUUACACGUAAGAGAAAAUCGGUUAUAUGUGGAGGACAUUAUUAUUUAUGAAAGAAUAAGUAUCGGUAGACUUAAUUCUAAUUACGCGUAAUAACUGUCGUCUAACUGUAAAGACUUGAAGACUUCAAUAAAUUUAUAUUUCAGACUAUAAGUGAUAUAAAAA